CAGCAAUAAUAAUUGGGUGGGGGAGCAGCCAAUAAUCGUGAACAGCAGCACUUUCCUACUUGGCUCUCAUUUUGAGAAGCCUCCGCCUCCGCCGCCGCCGCCGCCGCCGCCGAGGCGGCAAUCCACUCCACCCGUCGUCCAGGUUGGUUGGUUGGUUUGAAUUCGAGCUCGCCGAGCGACAGCUUGCGCCUGCCGUUUCUGGUUUCUCGGCCGUUACUCGCUCAUCUCCAGCUUUUCCGGCCGUUACUCGCUCUCAGCCGAGACGAGAGUACCAAUAAAUCCCCCCGCCCCCACUCCGGCGACGAUGCCUUCCGGCUCGGACGACUACUCCGACCCCCUGCUGGCGGCGCGCGCCGACGGCAGCAUGGCCGGCGGCGACGCGGCGGCGCUGGACUACCGCGGCCGCCCCGCCGACCGCGGCGCCACCGGCGGCUGGAGGUCAGCGCUCUUCAUCAUAGCGGUGGAGAUCGCGGAGCGGUUCACCUUCUACGGCGUGUCGUCGAACCUGAUCAACUACCUGACGGGCCCGCUCGGUGAGGGCACCGCGGCGGCGGCGGCGGCCAUCAACGCGUGGAACGGGGUGGCGCAGCUGCUGCCGCUGCUGGGCGGGGCCCUCGCCGACAAGUGGCUCGGCCGCUACCGCACCAUCGUCAUCGCCUCGCUCCUCUACGUCCUCGGUCUAGGCAUGCUGGCGUUCUCGACCAUGCUCUCCUCGGGCAGCGGCCACCAGUGCACCACCGCCAGGGGCCAGACCCAGACCUGUGCGCCGUCCACUCUGAAGGCGACCUUCUUCUACGUCUCCCUCUACAUCGUGGCGGUGGCGCAGGGCGGGCACAAGCCGUGCGUGCAGGCGUUCGGCGCCGACCAGUUCGACCAGAGCGACCCCAAGGAGACCGUCUCCAGGAGCUCCUUCUUCAACUGGUGGUACUUCGGCAUGUGCGCCGGCACUGCCGUCACGCUCGUGCUCCUCAGCUACGUGCAGGACAACAUCGGGUGGGGGCUCGGCUUCGGCAUCCCGUGCGCCGUCAUGGCGGCCGCGCUCGCCGUCUUCCUUCUCGGCACACGGACGUACCGGUACUACGUCACUGCCGGGGAGCGCGGCCUGUUCGCUCGUGCCGCCGAGGCUUUCGCUGAGUGGCGGAGCAGGCGAAAGACCCUGCAGCAUCGUGAUCGACCUGCAGCAGAGGGGGCGCUGGGAUUCAGUGCUGGUGUGGAUGAGGAGGAGCAGGCUGCAGUGAGCAACAGCGCAGGCCUCGUCAAGGAGGCCAAGGCCAUCAUCCGUCUGUUCCCGAUAUGGGCGACGUGCCUGCUCUACGCGGUGGCGUUCUCGCAGUCGUCGACGUUCUUCACGAAACAGGCGGCGACGCUAGACCGGCGCAUCGGGCGGCACGGCUUGCAGGUGCCACCGGCCGCGCUGCAGAGCUUCAUCAGCAUCACCAUCGUCGUCUUCAUCCCCAUCUACGACCGCGUCCUCGUGCCGGUGUCGCGCCGGUACUCCGGGAAGCCAUCGGGCAUCACCAUGCUGCAGCGCAUCGGCACGGGGAUGCUCCUCUCGCUCCUGUCCAUGGUGAUCGCGGCGCUCGUCGAGAAGCACCGGCUCGGCGUCGCGCGGGACGCGGGCCUCGUGGACAAGCCGAAGGUCCCGCUGCCGAUGAGCCUGUGGUGGAUGGUGCCGCAGUACGUGCUGUUCGGAGCCGCCGACGUGUUCACCAUGGUCGGACUGCAGGAAUUCUUCUACGAUCAGGUGCCCGACAAGCUGCGCAGCCUCGGGCUGGCGCUGUACCUCAGCAUCUUCGGCGUCGGCAGCUUCAUCAGCAGCGCGCUCGUGUCGGUCAUCGACAGGGUGACGACGGCUAGGGGCGGGAGCUGGUUCAACAACAACCUGAACCGCGGCCACGUCGACUACUUCUACUGGCUGCUCGCCGCGCUUAGCGCCGUCGAGCUCCUCGCCUAUGUCUUCUUCGCGGUGACAUACAAGUACAAGAACAAAAGAGCCGUACAUGCAACUGUCACGGGCGGCUGGAAGUCCGCCCUCUUCAUAAUCUGGGUGGAGGUGGCGGAGCGGUUCGCGUACUACGGCAUCUCGUCCAACCUGAUCAGCUACCUGACCGGCCCGCUCGGGCAGACCACGGCGGCGGCCGCCGCGGCGGUGAACGCGUGGUCGGGCGCCGCGUCCAUGCUGCCGCUCCUCGGCGCCGCCGUCGCCGACUCCUGGCUCGGACGCUACCGGACCAUCGUCGCCUCCUCCGUGCUCUACAUCACGGGCCUUGGGAUGCUGACGCUCUCAUCAAUGUUCUCAUCACCUCAGCAAUGCCGUGACUCCGCCGACGGACAAGGUGUAUGCCCGCCUUCCUCCCUCCAGACAGCCUUCUUCUACAUCUCCCUCUACCUGGUGGCCAUCGCCCAGAGCGGGCACAAGCCCUGCGUCCAGGCCUUUGGCGCCGACCAAUUCGACGCGACAGACCCCGACGAGUCCGUGUCCCGGGCCUCCUUCUUCAACUGGUGGUAUAUGGGGCUCUGCACGAGCGCCACCGUGACGAUCGCGCUCAUGAGCUACGUGCAGGACAACAUCGGCUGGGCUCUCGGCUUCGGCGUGCCGUCCUUAGCCAUGCUCCUCGCGCUCGCCAUCUUCCUGCUUGGCACGAGGACCUACAGGUUCUACGGUGGUGGUGGCAGUGCCAGUGCCAGCACGUUCUCCCUGGUCCGCAAGGCCUUCGUGGCCUGGAGGAUCCAGAAGAGGUCGCGUGAGGCCGGGUCGGUGGAGCUAGGACACGGUGACGGCGAGCUCCCCCAGGACGCCGUGCUCGCGGAAGAGGUGAAGGGGCUGGCAAGGCUGUUCCCGAUAUGGGCGACGUGCCUGCUCUACGGCGUGGUGUUCGCGCAGCCGCCCACGCUCUUCACCAAGCAGGCGGCGACGCUGGACCGGAGGAUCGGGCAGUCGUUCCAAGUGCCCCCAGCGGCGCUGCAGUGCUUCCUCGGCACCAGCAUCAUUGCCUGCAUCGUGCUCUACGACCGCGUCCUGGUGCCCGUGGCGCGCGGGGUCUCUGGCGUCGCCUCGGGCAUCACCAUGCUGCAGCGGAUCGGCACGGGGAUCGCGCUGUCCCUUGUCACUCUAGUCGUCGCCGCGUUGGUGGAGAUGAAGCGGCUGCGAGUGGCGAGGGACGCCGCCACCGCCAGCGGCGGCCUGCUGGUGGUGGUGGUGGAUGGCUCUGGCACGUCAGCGGUUCCCAUGAGCCUGUGGUGGAUCGUGCCGCAGUACGUGCUCCUCGGCGCCGCGGAGGUGUUCAUCAUGGUCGGCAUGCAGGAGUUCUUCUACGACCAGGUGCCCGGGGCGCUCAAGAGCCUCGGCCUGGCGCUCUACCUGAGCGUCCUCGGCGUCGGCAGCUUCAUCAGCAGCUUCCUCAUCACGGUGAUCGAUGGGGUUACGACGAGGAACGGCGGCACCAGCUGGUUCGCCGACGACCUCAACCGGGGUCACCUCGACUACUUCUACCUGCUGCUUGCAGCGCUCACCGCGUUGGAGCUUCUCGCUUUCGCCUACUUCUCAACGUCUUACGUUUACAAGGCAAAGGCCGGCAAUCACUGAUCCAUGGACAGAAGCAUGCAUAUGCAUACCUAUGGAGUACAGAUAGUGUACCACUAUCACGUUAGAUAGAUGGAUGGCAACGUUCUUCGGUGUUCUUGCAAGCUGCGUUUAGAAUGGGCUGCGUUUAGCGGACAAUACAGCAAGGUCCUAGAGGCUAUCGGGAAAUGGUAAUGAAGACGAACACGGCCCAAGUAGUACUAGUGAGGUCCUAUGGCAAAAUAAUGUUUUCACUCACUGUUGAUUCUUCUGGGUAAAAAAUUGUGGAGUUGCUUCACAAAGCAUAAAACUGUGCAAAACAGCAAGUUCACUUU